CCAUGACAAUGUUCGGACCUCACGGCACAGAACGUUGAUUCCCUAGUCUCGCAGAUCUUGAACAAACUAGUCCACAAUCAUCGAGCAUCUUUUCCCAUUAAUGGGGUGGGGUACCUGUCCUCGAAUCAAGGUUCCAUGCGCCCAAUUCUGGCACUGUCUUUGCAAUCUAUGGUGGAAUCUACGCAGAAGCAGGGAUCGUAUCCGCUGCAGCAUGGUCGGUGCACACGAAUCAUCGUCCAUGUGCGCACCUCAUGGCGGCUUUACAUUCAUCUGUCCUGGGCCGAGGCGAAUGGCAAUCAUAGAUGAUCAUGCCGUCUAUAUAACAGGUAGGGACGGGCAGCGUUUCUGUGCUUCGUCCCCCGCCAGAAUGCUCUUCGUGUUCCUUCUUGCAGCUUUGACGAGACUCGGAGAGGCGCUGGCUCAAGACCAGGAUGAUCCCGUGUACGAAAACCAGGUCCAAAAUCUUUUCAAACGCCUUCAACUGAGGACGAUCGAAACAGGCACUGACACUGGCUGGGUCCCUAAUCCAUGGGACGGAAACUUUGGCUGGUUCCUCAAACCAUCCGACUUGACGCGGGUGGGCUGGCGGCUGGGCGACAUCUCCGACCCGAGCUCGUCCGAAAUCAUAUACAGUCUUAACACCAGCAUGGCACUGCCCUUCGAAGCCAAGAUUGCCCAGAUGCCCAAUCCGCCGGAGAAUGCGUUCAACGUGUCAUCGGGCUACUACUCCACAGUCCACGCGACGUUCCCCACCUCCAAGGCUUCGUCGCGAGCGGAAGCGCCGAGCGGCGAGCACAGGCGUCGAUCUGCGGAUCUCUUUGAUGGCCCCUUCACAGCAAUCCCGUUCUCGAACAAGUGGUUCACCGUCUACUCCGAUGGCUGCCCUUUCGCUUCAACGCUCACAACUACCGUCACCGACGCAGUGGGGAACACCACCUCCUGGACAGAUACCCUGCCCACCGACUUUGUGGAGAUCGAUCACGACUUUCCCGCUGAUAUUGCCCUGCCAUUUACAUUCACGCAGACGACCGAACCAUUCGCGGGGAAUGUCUCCGGAAUUGUUCGGACCCCCCCAUUUCAGAUUGGUCUGGGGGGCGGCGAUGACGCUAGACCGGCACUUGGACGUUGCGCCAUGGCGUCCUCAUCGGACGGGCCGGCCGCUCUUCUCACUUCUUUAUCCUCCGCUGGCGACAUGAAAGACCGCUUGCAGUCUCUGCUUGAUGCCAAAGAACGACAACUCCAGCAAGCGGGCACGCUGGGCCAGCGGGUUCUGCUCCAGCGUAUGGAGCUCGAAGACCGGAUCAAACAGCUCCAGGAACUCGAUGCGGGCAAGCUGGACGACGAUAUCGUGGAUGACGAAACGAGGGAGCGGUAUCAGGAGCUCGCGGUGACCCUGAAGUCGUGGGACGACGAGAAUGCCGAGCUGUCAAGCACUUUUGGAACACGACGCUCUGCGACCCCUCCACCGGUCCCUUAUUCGCCUCCGGAAGAGCCCCAUCGCUCACAUGCCAAAGCGCCCACUGCCACCAAUGCCAAUGCGCAAUCCCGUCGUGCGAAGAACGCUGCCCAUCGCGCAGACGACGUCGAAUUUGCCUUUGAGAUCGGGUCUGGACUGCUGACAGAGGUCCGACGGCUUCAGAGCCUUCUGGGAGAGCGUGAUAAAGCUAUCCAAGACAUGAAAGAGGAGAAAGAUGACCUAGAGAAGAGUGUGGAGACUCUACGAUCAGGACUCCGACAACAAGAAGCCAGCGCAGACAAGUACAAGGAAGAAAACUGGAAUCUCGAAGUCACGCUGCAAGAGAUUCGCGCACAACUAAGUGCCGCUACCUCCGCAGCAUCUAGCGCAUCCAUCAAAUCCGACCGCCUGGCCGCACAACUAGCGGCCUCAGUACAGAAUGCGGAAGCUGCGAAGCACGAGGUGGACCGGCUCAACACAGUGGUCGACGAAAUGAAGGCAAAGCACGAGACUGAUGUGGCCACCCAUCGGAAAACUGCAGCGGGCCUGGUCCGCGACAAGAGCGACUUGCAGAGCGCCGUUGACCGCUUGAAAGCGGAUGCCGCCAGAGCCGGUCGACGGGGUCUUCUGUCAUCACAAUUCGGAUCGCCGAUCACCCCGAAUGGCGAAGGUAACGACUUCCUCACCCCGGCACACGCCAACGGCGAUGAAGAACCGUUCACUACCGGUGGAGCAUCAACGCGGCGCCGUGCCAUUUACGACGAACUCGAGGAAGGCGAUCCCGAUUCGCCGGAUGCCAGUCCGAUCCCGACUCGUGCUCAAGAAAGCGAGCUGGAGGUGCUACGUCAGAAGCUCUCACAUGCCCAGCGCCAGAUCAAUACGCUCAAGGGUAGUUUGCGACGCGAGAAAGAAGGUCGCCGCGGCAGCCCGAUGCCCGUGCGCACUGCAAUCGACGAAGGACAGUUCGAAGACGAGGAGGAUGAAGAUGUCGACGUCACUGUGGCUGAUAAGGAGAACAAGAGCAGCUCUCGUCUGCGACUGACGCCAUUCAAAGUCGGUGGAGGCCGUGGCCGUGGCCGAGGCAUGUCACUCGUCCAGCGACUGGGAAUGGCUGCUGGCUCGCCCGCGCGUUCUUCACCCGGAUUCAGUGUUGACUCCGACGCACCGCCCGUUCCUGCCAUGCGUUUGUCUGAUCACGACGUUGACCCAGAAGAGUCCGCUUUCUUCCAGAGCUCAUCGGAUAUCACUGCCAUGGUCGAAGAAGAGGAAGAAGAAGACCAGGUCCCUCAGCCCCAAAGUCGACCGAUGAGCAUCGAUGGCAACGGCAUGGACCCAGCCUUCACAUACGGUACCGAUCUUUCCCGCCCGCCGUCUAUCUCGUCUCCUCUUCGCAACGCCUCGGUUUCGCCCUCUGCUGCUCCACGUGCCAGGCCCCGUCGCGGCCGAGGUCGUGGCCGCGGAGCUGCUGCCAACGGGAGCCGCCCGGGAAGUCUCAUCCAGGCGGCAGGCGUUCUGGCAGCUGAGCUGGGUGCUUUCGGUGAGGAGGACGAGGACGUCGUUGAGAUCGAGACGCAAGAGGUCGAGUGUCAGACCGACGAUUUGCAACCCCGAGUCGUCGAGAAGAUCGUCGAAGUUCCUGUUGACAGAGUCGUCGAGAAGAUCGUCGAGGUCCCAGUCGAGAGAGUGGUCGAGAAGAUCGUUGAGGUCCCGGUUGAAAAGGUGGUGGAGAGGAUUGUGGAGGUUCCUAUCGAGAAGGUGGUCGAGAAGAUCGUCGAGGUUCCGGUUACAGUUCCAGUCGAGAAGGUUGUGGAGAAGAUCGUCGAGGUGCCGGUGGAGAGGGUGGUCGAGAAGAUUGUUGAGGUUCAGGUCGAGAAGACUGUGGAGAAGAUCGUCGAAGUCCCGGUUGAGAAGGUGGUGGACAGGAUCGUGGAGGUCCAGGUUGAGAAGAUCGUCGAGGUGCCGGUCGAGAGGGUCGUUGAAAAGAUCGUCGAGGUUCAAGUCGAAAAGAUCGUCGAGGUCCCUGUCGAGAAGAGGGUGGAAGUCUCCGUGGAGAAGCCUGUGGACAAGAUCGUCACUAUCGAGAAGGUCGUGGAGGUCCCGGUCGAGAAGAUUGUCCAAGUCCCGGUCGAGAAGAUCGUGGAAAAGAUCGUUCAAGUCCCAGUGGAGAAGAUUGUCGAGGUCCCUGUCGAGAAGAUUGUCGAGAAAAUCGUCGAGAUUCCUGUAGAGAAGAUCGUCGAGAGGAUCGUCGAGGUUCCGGUCGAGAGAACAGUCGAGGUUCCGGUCGAGAAGAUCGUCGAGCGCAUCGUGGAGGUUCCUGUCGAAAAGAUUGUCGAGGUCGAGAAGAUUGUGGAGCGUAUCGUCGAGGUGGAGCGCCCUCGAGAUGCAGGAAUCGACGGCGGUGUGCAAACAUCUCCUAUUCGAGAACGACGAACAACUCUGACGCCCGGGAACUCGAGCUAUGGGACGAUCCGCACAGGCGGUUUCCUCGCUGAAGCUGAGGAUGGAGAUGAAACGGAGACGGAAGGUGGAGGCGAAACGGAGACGGAGACGGAGACAGACAUGGACGACUACCAUGAUGCCUCUCAAAGCUUGCGUGUGCACUCGAGAGCAUCUACCACGGACGACUUCCAGUCUGCACGAUCCGCAGGAUUCCAGUCUGCGCGUGAGUUCGUUUCCUCGGACGAGCUGCAAUCAUCGCAAGAAGAUUUCCACUCGGUGAUGACCAUGACCGAAAGCGGAAGCGCCAGUGACGAGGAAGAGAGCAUCAAGGCAUCUCGGUUGCGUCGCCGGCCCUCGUCGUUCUAUGCCUCUGCGGCUGUUGCGCGGACCUAUGCGGAACAGGGUGUGGAUGCGCCCACGCUCGUUGUCGAGGAGAAACCUGAAGUCGUCGAAGCGACUGUCCAAGUUGAUCCCCCUCCUAAACCUCCGGUCAAGGAAUCUUCUGUGCAGACAGAGGAAUGGCCAGUUUCUGGGCCGACACCGGUUUCCGAGGUGGUUGCUCCCGUGCCGACAUCUGUACCGGCUUCUCCUGGGCUGUAUCGUGUUGUGUCUGCUGGCCAGCAAUUCCAAUUCGUUGCGCCCGUUGCAACAGCCCCACGAGACGUGUUUACUUCGACAAAUAGCGCUUUCAACGCUCGUGCAAGAAGCUCGAUGGACGACCGACGGCAAUCUAUCGACUCUGCCAUCUCCUCUGUGCACGAUGACGCGCUUGUUCGCAGCGACGUGUCUAUGAUCGACAAGACCCGUCCGCCAACGAUGGCGUUGCCCCCUCCCCCUCGACUGCCGCCGCCUACCGGUGUCAUGGCUCCUCCCAGUUUCAUUCCCCGUCACGACAUGGCUCCGCCGCGGCCAUCGUCACCGCCACCAGCUGAGCUCAUCCAGCGGGCGACCACCCCGACAUUUGGCUCGAUGCUCAUGCUACCUGGACCCAAAGGCAGACAGCACGGCUCGAGUCUGCCGCCCGGUUCUGUGGGCCAGCGGCCAUCGACGAGCAGCUUCCGCUCCGCCAUCAACAACUUGUCACCUGCUGCAUUCCGCCAGCAAUCGACGGUCUCGCUGGUCUCUGAGCGCGGCCGGAUCUCUCCCCGGUCGUCAAUGUCGUCCGACCACAAUCCGUUCCUCAGCCGGUCUCAGACGCGGCAGACGAAUACCCGGGACUCGCCUAAUCGCACGGCGGAAGCGGACUUGAGCGCGAACAGGACCAUCGGGCCCAAUGCGUCGACUGACCCGACGAUCAUCCACGCCAUCACGCAGACGAUGAUCGGCGAGUUCCUGUACAAGUACACGCGCAAAGCGAUUGGGAAGGGACAUGGCGAGCGGAGACACAAGCGGUUCUUCUGGGUGCAUCCGUAUACGAAGACUCUGUAUUGGAGUUCCGCGGAUCCUGGCUCGACGAACGUGUCCGAGUCGAGUGCCAAGAGUGCGUUUAUUGACGGGGUGAGGUCUGUGCUGGACCCGAAUCCGAUGCCUCCGGGCUUGUAUCAAUAUAGCGUCGUUGUGUCGACGCCUCAGCGAGAGAUGAAAAUCACCGCACCCACCAAGGAAAGGCACGAUAUCUGGUUAAAUGCGUUGAAAUACUUGCUCGCGCGUCCCAAUCCUGUUGGCAACACCUCCACCGGCCUCCCGGUUCCGCCCAGCCCCAAGUCCGAUUACACCGACGACGAAGGGCCUCGGCCGAAUGGGCUGAACAUGAGUCCGCAGAGCCAGCGCAGUCCCCGAAGCAUGCAUCGCGGGGACACCUGGAACACCACACCCCGCGGCCAGCGCAGCCGAUCGCAGCUGUCUGUCGGAGGCUCGCUCGGCAAGCGCUCGGGGACACCCGCGCAAGAGUACCUGCGCUGGAACGCGCCGGAGAGUCCUUACAGCCCCUCGCGUUCGUUCGUGGAUGUGCCGAAUGUAGACGAGGACGACCUGGACUUUGAGCUGCACAACGACGACUCGAUGGGCGAGAAUGGCUUCGAGGGUCUGGAGAAUGUCCGCGCAUGCUGUGACGGCCGACAUACCGUCGGGCAUCACCACCACCAUGAGCACAGCAGCAACGGUGGCCCUGAACCACCCAGCGAGGGGAUGCCCACGCGGCCGAUCUCCCCGUCUGGUUGGUCGUUCCGCUCGACGAAUUCGCAGCGGGAAGGUGGCGGGAUCUUCACCUGGGGUCGAGCGGAAGGGUCGAAGAUGCGUUUUGGGUCCAGGAGAUCGGCCAAAACGACUACAUAGUCCACUGAACGAUCGUUUUUUUCUUCUUCUCUAGCUCUAGUCGUUUGCUUUGAUAUCAUACCACUCGUUACUAUCCCUCCUAAAACUGCAUAAUGACAUUUAUGACUUGUCG